AUGGAAGUACGAGAAGUGCAUUUAGUUUCCCGCCUGCGCUUCUCGGCGCUGCAGAUAUCUCCAAACAACCAGUCACAUCACUCUUCUGAUGCAUGUCGACUCUUACAGAACCUCUCUGAAACCGCACUUGUCGACAUCCGAUCAACAUGCAUAGCUGAUGCCAACAACUUUGCCUACUAA